AUGGCUCACACUAGGCUACGUAUAGCAUUUGGUUUUGUUGGAGUUCUACAUCGGGAAUUGAAAUUCUUGAAGAUUUUUGUUGGCUGGCUGUCAAAGUGUGAGGAAGCUGGUAAAGACAUUAAAUUGGUCAAUGCGAUUGCUCGUCUUGAAGCUGGUCUUUCUACUCUACUAAUAGUCAAUGACAACAAUGGAGCUGGAAAUAUGGAUUCUGUGGCUCAUACUUUGGUAAGAAGAUUUGGGCAACUUGAGCUAGAUAUCACAAAUAUGAUUGCUUUUCUUAUUGGGUCUUUAAAGUCCAUGUCUUGCACAAGUGAUGAGAUCCUAGAAUUCAUUGAUUGUCUCAUUGAGAAUCUAGCUAACUUGAAGGCUGAUGUUAUUGUUUCCGUGAAAGACCGAAUCAUGGUUCUUGGGAGGAAUAUCAGUGUCCUCAGAACCCUUGUUUAUUUCUCUGCAAGGAGAAGAUGUAUUGACAGUCAGAUCCUUGAAGAUUUCUUGAAUUAUGUGAAAAGUUCUCUGCACGAUGCUGCAUAUGUGUCCUUUCUGUGCUUGCUAAGAGGAAAAGAUGAAAUGAAGGCCCUAGGAUUAGAAACUAUGUUUUCUGUUCUUCUGCAGAAGUUUAUUCCUGGCAGUCCAAUCAUACUAGGGAGGUUGUUAGGAGUUUUGAGAUCUGACAAGUUUCAAGUCAAUCAAGAUGCUGUCAGACUUGUUGAUUUGUACUUCAAGGUUUAG